UGGGCUACUUAGUUAGACACAUGCGCACUAACCUUUCUUUUUGUCGUGCUUAUCGCCAUCAUGGCAGUGCUUGGUAACAUCAAGAAAAAAAAUGUCAAGAACCUCCAGAAAGGAAAGGGGAAGAAAAAGAAAACACAGUUGAAAUUUUCUGUUGAUUGCAGUCACCCAGUUGAAGAUGGAAUUAUGGAUGUUGACAGCUUUGAAAAGUACCUGAAAGAAAGGAUAAAGGUGAAUGGAAAAACCAGUAACCUUGGUAAUGUGGUAACCAUUGAGAAAAGUAAAUCAAAAAUAUUAAUUACUGCAGAUAUCCAGUUUUCUAAAAGAUAUCUUAAGUAUUUGACAAAAAAAUACCUGAAAAAGAACAGUUUACGAGAUUGGCUAAGAGUUGUAGCUGCAAGUAAAGAUUCAUAUGAGUUAAGAUACUUCCAGAUCAACAAUGAAGAGGAAGAAGAUGAAGAGGAUAAUGAAUAAGUUUUGCAUAAAAACAUCCAUUCUCUUGUAAAUGUUGAAGUGGAAAUAAAGUCUUUACAUUGAUAACUACCA